AUGUCUGAAGAAAAGCUGGCUCUCUUGGAGGGUGACGAUGAGUUUGUUUCUGACAUUGCGCCGCGCAGAACUCUCAUUGCUACUCGGCGACCAGUUAUUAGAGCCUGGUCUGUCACCCUCGCUGGGCUGCUCACCGUGAUCGCACUCGGACUCUGGAGUACCACCUCGUUCACCAACUGCCACAGAGUGCAGCCUCAGAAAACGGUCAAAGACCGUGUUCGCAAAAUCCUCACUGACACGCCCCUCAUCGACGGGCACAACGACCUUCCGAUCCUCGUGCGUGCAAAAUACGGCAAUCGCAUCUAUAGCUCCGACUUUAUCGAGCGAUUUACAUUUGGCAACUUGACGGGCGAUGUGGACGCCCCUCGUUUGGCCGAAGGGCAAGUCGGAGGCACUUUCUGGAGUGUCUACGUGCCCUGCCCCAACAAUGUCUCUGAUUUCUCCAAGGAAAACUACGCCGAAAGCGUGAGGAUGACAUACGAACAAGUGGACGUGAUGACUAGGAUCCAGCAGGAGUUUAGCACGAUUCUGUCGCCGUCGCCCAACGGGACCACUGCGUUGGAGCAUUUCCGAGACGGAAAGGUGAUUUCUCCACUGGGGAUUGAGGGUCUUCACUCCAUUGGGAACUCUUUCUCCCAUCUGCGAUCCUUUUAUAAUCUCGGCGUCAGAUAUGCAACCCUCACGCACAACUGCCACAAUAUUUAUGCCGAUGCGGCCUUGAUCCAACUUCCCGGCGGCGGAGUGAGAAAGUCGGAUCCGUUGUGGAAUGGCAUCAGCGAGCGAGGGAAAGAGCUGGUUUCCGAGAUGAACCGGCUGGGCAUGAUAGUCGAUCUUGCGCAUGUCAGUGAGCAGACGAUGCGUGACGUCCUCGGCGCUGGCAAGGAUGAGUGGAUUGGCAGUCAGGCUCCGGUGAUUUUCAGCCACAGCUCUGCCCAUGCUCUCUGCCCACACCCCCGGAACCCGACAGACGCAGUGCUCAAGCUGGUCAAGAAGAGGGACUCGAUCGUCAUGGUCAACUUUUACCCUCAGUUCAUCAGCUGCACCGCAUCUACUCGGGAAGACGGCCUGCCGGACUUUUACCCGGGCAACGCGACUCUCUCGCAUGUCGCCAGUCACAUCAUUCACAUUGGAGACGCGAUUGGCUACGACCAUGUCGGGCUUGGAAGUGACUUUGAUGGAAUCGAGUCUCGACCCGAGGGACUCGAAGACGUUUCCAAAUAUCCCGACCUCAUCGCCGAGCUGCUCCACCGCGGAGUCAGCGACGAGGAUGCUGCCAAGGUGGCUGGUGGGAACUUGCUUCGAGUUUGGAAAAAGGUUGAUGAAGUUGCACUGAAGCUGCAGGCUGGGGGUGUGCUGCCAGUUGAAGAUGACCUUUAG